GCUACAGUUUACGACACCAAAAUCAGAGGGAAAAGUUUGACAUCAAUCGGAGAAACAUCAGCUGGACAGCGGGAACAUCUGUUUGGGAUUUGCACUUGCAACAAGCGACCAUUUGAUCCAGGAGGAGCUAAGUCUCUAUGCGAGCUGGGCAGAGUACUGAGGUUAAUUGAGAAACUUCACAAAUUAUUCAUUGGUUCCAAGCUGCAAACUGGGGAUGAGAUGCAAGGUAAGAGGCUGUUGGAUUUUUAUGAGAAAUCAUUGCUUGACAGUGACAAAGUCGACCUUACCAUUACAGAAAGCUGGUUUUACAAUACACCAAUGAUCAGAAGAGUGUUCCAACUGCAAAGGCCACCCGAGUUGAUUAAUCUUCAUGGAAAUUCGAAUCUGAUUACUAUGAUAAUGAAAGAACUCAUUGCAAUGGUGAUACUUUAUCCUCCUCCUCCAGAUCAGUUUUCUCAAGCUUUUAUGGGAAAGUACUCAUGCUUUCAUCCUUGAGGACAAGGAUGGUUUCAACAGGGGAGUAUUGUAACAUGAUAAACCGGUUAGACUCUGGGUUCCGGUUAAACUAUUGGUUUAAUUCUCUGAUUUUGGGUUUAGUUGUUUGGUUCAAUUAUCUUUUCGCAUGAGAUCGGUUGUUAUAUGUAAUGCUUCGGCUAUUUGGGGAUAAUCAAUCAAUCAAAUAAAUAAUUUC